CGCCUCCAGGUCUCCCUUUUCUUCGUGAUAUCCUUGGAUUCGGGGUUUCAGUGGAAUUCUCACCUGGUUCUUCCUCAUCCUGGGGGUCCCCCAAUUUCACCCAAUUCCAUGAGCCAUCCUGAAUCCAUGGAUUCCCUCCUUUUCCUCUGCGCCCGCCGCGUCGUUGCCCACCGCCCUCUUCCCGCCCUUCCUGCCGAUCUCUAUCCCGUCCUUUUCCAAGCCGCAUUCCUGGAUGGAAGACCCCUCGUCCUGCGGGAUUUGGUGGCCACUUGGCCUUUUCCAGUGCUCAACUUCCAGCGGCUUGUAGGGUGCCGGGAGCUGCUCCGGGAUCAUCCCUGCAAGCUCUGUGUCCAGGCUGUCAUCCUGGCUGUGGUGGCACAGCUCCGGCAGGAUUUGGAAGAGCCUGGCCGCCAUUCCAGUCUGCGUGUGCUGGACAUGACUGGACUCCCGGAUUCCGUGUCUGGCCACGCUCCAGAUGGGAUGAGUGUCUGGUCCGGCACCGUAGCUUUGGCCAAGGCUUGCCUGGAGGUGUCCAAGCACCAGCAGGAAUUCCGGAGGCGUGGAUCCAAGAGGCACAAAGGCCACUCUGGAUGUGCCAUAGCAGCAGCCACUCCACAGCCCCCGGGCGUGGACAUCCACACCGACCUGUUCGUCAACGGAACGUCCUACGGGAUCCUGCGUGACGCACUCCAGACUGGAGCUGCUGGCCCACUGCGCCUCAAGUGCCGUGAAUUCCAAGCGGAGGAACUCUCGGCAUCCGGGAUCGUGACUUUGUUGGAAUCUCUGUAUCCAUCCUUUCUGCGGAGAGUGGAUCUGCGCUUUAACAAUUUAGGAUUAACCGGGCUCUCGGUGAUCCUGCCGCACCUUUCGCGCUUCCCGGAGCUACGCAGCCUCAAGCUCCAGUACAGCAAUGUGGACGUGCGGCGCCUGACACCAGAAUCGGCCAUCGGAAUCCGCUGCCUGGCUGGGCAGCUGGGAAUGCUGCUCAACCUCCAGGAACUCAACCUGGGAUCCUCCCGGCUCUCUGGGAAUCUGCGCCAGAUCCUCUGCAACCUCCAGGCUCCAUUGGAAAGCUUGGAAUUGGCCUUCUGCUCCCUCGUUCCCGCCGACCUUGCCUUCCUCUCCCAAAGCUUCCACGCUCCGGCCCUCAAAAGGUUGGAUCUGAGUGGCCACGACGUCUCCCAAGGCCUCCUGGAGCCUCUCCGGCUGCUCCUGGAGGAAACCUCGGCCUCGCUGCUGCACCUGGAUCUCAUGGAAUGCCGCAUGGCCGACUCCCACCUGGACACGCUGCUCCCGACACUCCGGCGCUGCUCCCGCCUGCGCUUCCUGGGACUCUACGGCAAUUCCCUGUCCACGGCCGCGCUCAAGGAUCUGCUCCAGAAAACCUUGGAGCUGCUGGAUCUCCACCUGGUUGUGUAUCCCUUCCCCACAGACUGCUGCAAGCCGGAGCCACCGGUGGAGUCCGGUUGGAAUUUUGAAGAGGUUGUGGAUGAGGAACUUUUGGCAGUGGCCAAGGCAGAGUUUUCCCAGCUGCUGGCAAAUUCUGGGAGAACCGACCUCGUCUGGACUAACAAUCCCUAUGGUCACAGAGCUCUGGACUACUUCUCCUUGUAAUUUGGGGAAAGCUUGGAGGCGGGAAAGGCUCAGAGCCUUCACUGUAGAAAAGCACCACGACCUCCUUCCCAAAAUCCAGGCGUUUUCCGCCUCAUCCUGCUGCUUUUCCGUGUCAUCCCAUUGGAUUGUUCUCUUUAUUUUGGUGCUUUUCUGCCUGGUUUUGUUAUUUUUCUGACUCAUCACAAUGUUUUCCAUCUUAUUUCAGUAUAUUUCCUCCCUACCCUGAUAUUUUUCCUCGAUCCCAAUAUUUUUCUGUCUCAUUUUAGUGUUUUCCUGCCUUAUCCUGAUGUUUUUCCACCUCAUUUUUAUAUAUUUUCCCCUCAUCCUGGAUUUUUUCCACCUCGUUUUGGUGUUUUUCCACCCCAAUCCCAAUGUUUUUCCCCCUCUUUUCCCCGAACUUCUAUUGCCACAUCCGGAGGGAAAUACUCCUGGAAUUCCCUUUUUUCCCAUGGGAUAUUAAUUAAUUGUUAAUUAAUAGUUAUUUAUUAUUUA